AUGUCAGUUUUCAGAGAUUUAGUAGAAGGAGAAUGCUCUGAACCAAACGCACUUGGCAAUUUCGUUCAACAUUUUACAAAUGAAAGAUCAUAUCAUGAUAAAUUUGAAGAUCAUGGAAAGAAUGAAUUUUAUGAUUCAUUAUAUCGUCACGAAGAGGAAUAUAAUGAACAACGUCAUUUAGAUAGUAUAUUUGAUGGUGAGGGACAAGAGGAUGACAUUCAUUUAAUGAUGGAUAGACAUUUAAAUUUAAGAGAUGGUCCAAGAGAACAUAAAGAAUUACCAUUAUCAAAUGUUGAAAGUGAUUUACAAUUUUUAUUUCAAGAUUUUAUAAAUUCUACAAGAGCUGGUCAAUUAUUUCAUCCAUCAUCAUUAAAUCAUUUACCAUUAACAUUUGAAGAUAAAUCAAAGAUUAAAAAUAGAUCUAGUAUUAUGUUAAAACAUUUUUCAAACGGAGAAUCAGAACAAUUUGAAGAGGAUCAAUUAAAUAGAAUGUUAGAUUCAUUAGGUAUUGAAGUUGGUGAUGAUUUUGAUCAAGUUUGGGAUUCACAACCACAUCAUACAACAACUACUACUACAACAACUACAACAACAACAACAGGUCAAUAUGAUCAAUAUCAAAAAUAUGUAAAUGAUUUACCAGAAGAAUAUGAAGAUUAUGAACAACAUCAACAAGAGUUAUUUGAUGAUGGUGAUUUAGAGGAUUAUGAAUUAGAUGAGGAAUGGGAUAAAGGAGAUGAUUUUCAUCCAUAUGAUUCAGCAUGGACAGAAUCGGAUAGAUCAGUUGAAGCAGCAUGGGAUGAGACUGCACGUAGAACCAUUAGUGAUAUAACUCGUCCAAUUACACAAAUUAAUGAUCCAAAAUUAAAGAAAUCCAAUUUCAUGAAGUUUAUGAAUCAAUUGAAUAGUGGAGAGGCAUCGAUUGUUGGUUCAGAUGUUGUACACAAUCCAGAUUUUAAGAGACAAGAGGAGUAUCAACAACAAGCAGAUCAAUGGACAGAGGAUUAUAAUGAUUUUCAUGAACAUAUACCACAACAUCGUAUUCAAGAAUAUCAAUUCUCAAUUCAAGAGGCAAGAGAUAGCGAUACAUUAGAACGUGGUAUGGGAUUAUUUAAUGAAGGUCAUCUAUCGGAUUCAAUCAUUGCAUUGGAGAGUGAAGUAAAGAGAAAUCCAGAGAAUGCAAUGGCUUGGAUGUAUUUAGGUAUCGCUCAUGCAGAGAAUGAUCAAGAUAGUCAAGCAACCACUUGUUUAAUCAAAUCAUUACAAAUCGAUCCAACCAAUAGUAAAGCGAGAUUAGCAUUGGCAGUUAGUCAUACAAAUGAUUAUCAAAAGGAGCGUGCAUUGGAUACCCUCGAAGAAUGGUUACAAAGAACACCCGAAUAUACAGCACUCUAUAAACAAUUCAAGGGUUCUGUCGAUCCAAACUCAUUUUUAGACACUUGGUCACGUCAUGAAUUCACAACUAACCUCUUUAUUGAGGCUGCUCGUUCAAGACCAAGCAACCCUGAUCCAGAGGUACAAACUGCUCUCGGUCUUCUCUACAAUAUGUCCUAUGAUUAUGAUAAAGCUGUCGAUUGUUUUAAAGCUGCCCUUCAAAAUUCACCAACCGAUUAUCAACUUUGGAAUAAACUUGGUGCAACUUUAGCCAAUAGUAAUCGUUCUCAAGAGGCAUUGGGUGCUUACUUUAAAGCAUUGGAACAUAAACCAUCCUAUGUUAGAGCUCGUAGUAAUCUUGGUAUCAGUUACCUCUCUUUAAAUAUGUUUCAAGAAUCAGCUACAACAUUUUUGGGUGCUAUUGCAAUCCAUCCAGCUCCAAACAUUUGGGAUAAUUUGAAAAUGGUUUUCAGAUUAAUGAAUAGAGAAGAUUUGGUUCAAAAAGCUGAUCUUCGUGAUGUAAAUGCAUUCUUAGAUGAAUUCCAAUUUAUGUAA